ACUGUGGGGUGUCCCCAGCCAGCACCGCAGGGUGUCCCGCCGGCCCGGGCUGUCAGCUCUGCGGAUGCUCCGCCUGCAGCAAGUCCCUCUCACCCUCCCAGGCGUGUCUGUCUGUCUGGGUGAGCUGCAGCAUCCCUCAGAGCUGCUCGUAGGCGAUUCCAUUCGCUGAAGCAAAGGUGUUUGUCAGAAGCUCAGUUGAGCUUCCAGGGAUGUCAUUUUAAGAAGGUCCAUAACAAACAGAAUAUAACGUUCCCAUCGAGUCAGUGAUAAUGUCCUUGCCUUGACAACAACCUGCAGCCAUAAAGCAAGUUUGAUUCUCUGACAAGAAGAUUGGAGACAGCUAUCAUUGCAUUGUUUACUGUAAUACCUGGGAUUCUUCCCAGAAAACCAGGGAGAUGGCACUUGUCCGGUCUGGUUGUAAAUAACGAGAUAGACCACAAUGGAUUUCAGUACCUCGUCAGUGUUUGAUCAGCACAAAGGUGAUGCAGCAGAAGACAUUGACUUGACUGUGGUUUACCAAGCAGCAGCUAAUGGUGAUGUGAACACACUAACUGCAGUGAUUCGAGAAGAUCCUUCCAUCCUGGAGUGCUGUGACAGUGAGGGUUGCACACCUUUGAUGCAUGCUGUGUCAGGACGCCAGGUUGAUACAGUGAAGCUUCUGUUGAAGAUGGGAGCCAAUAUUAAUACUCAAGAUGCUUGUGGGCGUACCAGUUUAUCUCUGGCAACUUAUCUGGGCUGGCUGGAAGGCUGUGUCAGCCUGCUCAGAAAUGGUGCUAAGCAGAACAUACCCGACAAAAACGGGAGGUUGCCGCUACAUGCUGCUACUGCAGAGCCCGACGUGAGGCUUCUGAACGUGCUCCUGCAGAAGUCAAAUCUUAGUGAAAUUAAUCAUCAGGACAAUGAGGGAAUGACUUCGCUCCACUGGGCUGCAUUCCACAACAGACCCCAGCACACCGAGACUCUGCUGCACAAGGGAGCAGACCUGACACUGGUGGACAGAGACUUCAAAACAGCUCUGCACUGGGCAGUACAGAGUGGCAACAGGGUUCUGUGUUCCAUCAUUCUGGACCACUACCAGGGACCAUCAAUAAUAAAUUACGAUGAUGAGAACGGCAAAACAUGUAUGCACAUUGCUGCUGCUGCAGGCUACAGUGAUAUUAUCAGUGAGCUGGCUAAAAUCCCAGAGUGCAACCUACAGGCCCUUGAUGUGGAUGACAGGACACCUCUGCACUGGGCUGCAGCAGCAGGGAAAGCUGACUGUGUGCAGACACUGCUAGAGCUGGGGAUAGACAGCAGCCCUCGAGACAUCAAUGAAAACACUCCUCUGACAUAUGCAAUGUACUGUGGGCACACGGCAUGCAUCAAGCUGCUGUCUCAGGAGAGCAGUAGGUCUGAGCCAGUUCAUCAGUUUCCCUCUGAGAACAACAGGCUCCAAAAGAAAGAAGGACGAUUCGGUAUGCUGAACCACAUCUUCUCUUGCAAAAAGAAGAAAGAUGAUCGGAAAACCAGCCAGAAGGAGAGAAUCAGAGACGGAUAUCCUAGAGAAGAGACCUCAGAAGUAGAUGACAUCAUUACCACUUUUGAUUGCAUUAUGGACACAAACUGCAAAGACAUUCCAGAGAAGUGUUUGACCACCGCUGACUUUAAAAGAAGGAGCACAGACACAAAGUACCUCAUAUCAGAAAAGAAGCAACCAGAGUGUCAGGGACUUCUGCCUGUUAGAACCCAGAGCCUCCCCCCGAUCACUGUGGGCAAUUCUUUCUUAACUGCUUCCCAGAGCACAACGUCAAGCUUCUCCUCCAGCACCGGUACCCAUCAUUUUGCACACAAGUCUCAGAAGAGUAGGAGUGAACACAGCUUGCUGGACCACAGAAGAAGCUGCCAGGCUUUGCUGGAUGAUCCCUGGAACAGAGACUCUAACCAACUACUCUCCUAUAAAGUCUGUACUAGGACUCCUUCAGACAAACUGAUAAAUGGUUUAAACUCUGGUAGAUCUCACCAUGUGCUUUUGUGCCCUCCCCACCUUCCUUCACUUUCCAGUUCUCCAUCAGGUAGAAAUUUUCAACCGAUGUCUGUAGACCAACCCAAAAUAAAAAAUCUUAUUCCAGUACGGAACAGCCUAGCUCCCAUACCCAACCACUGUGCUCACAAAAUUCAGCUACCAUCUCAGGGUGCUAAGAAGUUUAAGUCCCUGCCUUUAAAUUCCCUAAGGAAUGGUGCAGUUAUUCUCCCACCUGCCCCAACCUCCAGAUCACAGAAAAAGGGACAUUCUCAAAGUCAUUUGCUAUAUUCUUUCUUGCCUGGUCUAUCAGGAGACCCUCUGAAACCAAGACGUGUUCUACCUGCUAUCCCAAGCCAGAAGAAAUCUAACCCCGCAGAAGAGCUUGAUAAAUCUCUCACCAAACCAGAUGCUGAAAAUUAACUCAUUUCAUUGGCCUCAAUCAGUUGAAAUAUAUCUAAGAGCUUGUUACAAGACAAUUGUACAAUAAAAUCUCAUUAAUUGUACUAAAGAUGCUCUUGUAAACUGGAGUGUAAAUUAACAAAACCAAGAAAGGGUAGCACAUCACAAAAGCUGCAUUAUGUAUUUAUAUAGUCAUUUUCAUUAUAGUUUUAAUUGAUGAUGAAAUUACUAAAUCAAUAUUUAAUGUGCUGUAAAUCUAUUUUGUGAAUGGAAUCCUCCUAACAUGCAAUCUUGUUGCAGCAAUGUGCGGUUAAGCCUUUCAUAGAAAACAGGAACAGAGAGUAAGAUUUUCCGCAUGAUUUAAAUGUGGAAAUUAGGGAAACAACUUGACAGGGAUUCUCUGUGGUUUGUAAAUGCAAAGGUGCCAAUUCUGAGGUUGUGUGCCAUCAAAAAUAUCUUUUUAAGAUUAAAACAAGAAGCUCAAAAUUAAAGACAAUUUUAGCACAUGGGGGGUUUGACUCCUUGUUUUUCACAUAUUUUCUACGUUGUGGCUUUUGUGAACUCGACAAGCUAGGAAGGUAUAAUGAAACACUAAUUCUUGUGGGACAGACAGGGAUAUAGCACACACUGUUCAAAACUGUUAACAGUACUGACAGAUUAUACUUCUUUCAUUUAAUUCUUCAUAUUCCUCAGUGAAAAAAAUGUAACUGUGUAUUGUUAUUUUCAUAAAACAAGGAUUGCACAGUCCUGAGUUAUUAGGCAUUAUUUUUUCACUUUGAUCAUGGAACUGAAGAAAGAAGUCUAACCAGACUGUUGUUCAGUCAAGAGCCUUGCAAGUGCUAUAGCCUUUGACUAAAUAUUUCACAAGACUGUCUUUUCCUAGAGGCAGACAGGAUUCUUAUCUAUCUAAAUCUUGGUGCUACUCCUCUGGAGGCUUCCCCACUACUUACAGAUGGGCUGUGGUCAUGGCUGUGGGCACUGGAGGGUGGAGAGUCCUCUUUUGUCACCCCUCCUGUAUCCACUGCUAGUAAAUCCCUCCUACAUUAGCUCUACAUCAGCAGCUCAUUCAGUCGGGACAUGGCACUUCUGUUUGUCUCUAGAUAAAUGUUUUAUUAGCUGUACAAAUAUUUCUUUUGCUUUGUCACAGUGAAAGACAAAGCUGACAUGAAAGAGAAGAUAAUCAUGUCCCAGUAGCUGCAGUUUCCAAUUUCCUUGCGGUAAUGACUGUAAAUAGAAGGAUGGCUGGUGGCUGUCACAGACGGUCUCAGAAAGAAGAAAGUAGAGCACAACAGCUGCUCUGAUGCAACACAGGGAAGAGGGAACUUUUGCACCCAAAUAAAAGGAUAUUUUGUUUUUAAACAUAUGAUCCAAGUCUCAGGGUAUAAAGCUCACGCUCAACAAGUGAUGUAAAACUCUAGCUUCUUGCUGAAAUCCAUGAGAGUUAAAAGCUCAUGCGCCUGACAGGCAACUUAGUCCUUGAGGCUAAACAGAAAAAAUAGUGCAUGACAGAAGCACAUUCUGUUGAAGGAAAAAUCAAUUCUGGCAUAUUCUGUCUUUGCACUGGACUAGUCCUGCUCAGUCCAGCCUCACUGAAAAGUCCAAAGUCCCUCCUACAGUGCAGCACAGUUAUAUUUGCUCCAUGGGGUCACUGCUCUCCAGAACCUCUAAACUUCUGUGCCCAGGACCUCCACCAGCUGCAACCCCCAAAUUCUCUGACUCCAGCCCUUUUGUACCCUUCCUGUGGCCCCACACAAGAAGUGGGUUGUUCAUAAGUUAGUUCCUAGGAACAUUCAGAUCUUCAGUGCAGACACUAAGCCAGCACCAAACAGUACAGAGUUUUUGGCACGUACUGCACAAAGGAAAAGAAAAAACUAAUUCAUGCAGCUCUGGCUGGCAGCAAAUAACCUCUACAUUCAACCUAAGUGGCAGUGUAGACAUUACGAGAAUAAAGUUUAUCUUUGCAGAGUGAGAGCCCAAAGUAACCACAGUGGCAAAGAUUAAUUAUCUUUAGUUUAGCACACUGCCUAGGAACGUGUUCAGUGUGUGGAGGGAAGAGGAGACCAAAUGGCACAGCAAGGGAAUCCCAGUGAGGUCAAAUGUCUUUAACUCCUUCGCCACUCUAGCCCUUUUGAGCAGGUAAGAAAACCGAGCUUUUUGCUAUCGAAUGGGAUGUCUCAAAAGAGGCAGGCCACACGCUGCAGCUCCGUCUUCUCCUGAAUCCAGGGACCAGGAGAUUCCUGGGCUGCCUAAAGCAAUCACACAGGAGCUGUGGUGCUGCCCAUUUGUUUGUCUGUUGCGGUUCCAUGCUGGAGACAGAGAUACAGGAGAAGUCUGUGUUCGCUUCCCAUAGAGGCUUGAACAAAUUUCAUAUACUUCCAAUAUUACAGCAAGAGAGAAAGGGAGAGAUGUUCCCCCAUCCCAUAGGCCAGACACUUCUAUUCCCAGAAAGGAGCUAAUGAGCUUUCUGGUUUUCCCACUCAACAGUGCUUUGUUGAUGCAGCAUGGGUGGACAAAGCUGAAUAAUUAACAAGUUUUGAUCAAAGAUAACACUGUCUUUCAAAUGAAAUUCUUUCAAAAAUGCAUAAUUUCAGAUGCAGUCACUUGAAGCUAGAAGCACGUAUUACCACUGUCUCCUCUCUACACAAUCAGUUUGCAGGACAGGAAACAUCUGCUAGCUGAUUUUUUUCUUAGCAUUUCCCCCUUUUUUCCCUCAUUUUUUUCAAGGAAGGAAUUAUUUUUACCCUGGGUCUCCAACUGAGGAAACAGACUUUUUCAGGAAAGAAAUGCAGAUCUUAUUUUCUGUUCAAGAGUAAGCAUAGACUACAGUACUUACCUGAGCAGAGAGAGUCUUAAUUUGAAUUAAGAUCCAGGUCACUUCUCUCUAGACCAUCAAUAAAGAAGUAGUUCACAAUUCACCAAAUAUUGAUGUUUUAAAAAUUAAUGUUCAUAGAAAGCACUAAAAACUAUUCUCAGAAAUGUUGCCACCAGGAAUUAUUCUUACAUUCUGGGCUUGAUAGUCAAAUUCUAGAGUAAAUAAACAAGUCAAAUUACGUUAAAGUCUUUGACCUUCAGAGAAGAGCAGACUGUUCACUGCAGCAUACUGCACGAAAGAACAAAUAAACCAAUACCUACUUAAGCUGCACUGACCUCUUGCUCAGAUCUUUCCUGGAAAAUAAUGGCUGGAGAGACAAUAAAAGCCUAACAGUUGAUUAGCAAUUGCCAAGAAAUGUCUGGUCAGCAGGUCAUGACAGACAUUUUUUUUUUCCUCUGUCUAGGGAUUAAAUAUCUCUGGCACAUUCUUCUGUGGCACUAGUUGAGCGCUAACUCAUAGAGUGUUGCAGUACUCAUGCAUCUAGGGAGUGUGGCUUGGAACAGAGAGUUAAGAAAACAUACAUAUGCAUACACUAUCUAUCUAUCUAUCUGUCUGUCUAUCUAUCUAUCUAUCUAUCUAUCUAUCCAUCUGUCUGUCUGUCUGUCUGUCUACUUAUCUAUCUAUCUAUCUAUCUACAGGAUACAUUUUCUGACCAAAACACAAUUCACUUCCUCACUGGAACAUGCUCUAGCUUCCAUAUAUGAAUUUGUAUAAACGGAAUUUGAAAAUGCUUUUAAACAUGGGGCAGUCUUUAUUCCAGUGGACCAUUUAUUUACACUGAAUGGAGCGGUCUACUCUUCCAGUAAACUGUGCACGAGGUUAGUAUUAGUACAUUAUUUAAAACAGAGGAAAAUUUUCAUAUGGAAAACAAAGGAUUGUCCAGUAUACAGGGCUCUUUCAAAGGCUGUUCUGUUGAUGAGCAGAGUAUCUGAUGAGCAUGCUAAUUUUUUUGUUUAAAUACCUAAAGACGAAGUUAUAUCCUUUAAAAUUUAGUCCUAAUGAAGCAUUUCAUAUGCCCCUACCACUGCCAGAGGUGGAGAUCUCUGUCCCUUCACCCCAAAUACACUGCAUUCUUCUGCCAUCACCAGAGAGGAAUCUGUACAAUUCAUAUAUUUUUCCACUGCACAACACCAGAAGCAUCACAGUUACCUUUUCAGAACAUGAAAGCAUAGCAAUUUUUCAAAACAUUCUGACAGGGCUGUAAGAGUUCAGCUGAUCAUACUGUCGUAAUGAGCCAUCAGACCUCUUGCUUUGCACCUGUAUUAUAAUAAUGCUUUUGAAGACAAAAGUAUUGAAAUUAUACAUUAUUUAUCUUUAUAUUUUAAGAGAAGAAUUUUUCUCACAUUAUUUUCACAGAGCGUUCACGUGUUCCUUAGUUUCAGAGAAAGCAAAGAUUCUGUGCUGUCCCUAUUAGUGGAAAAGCUCAGCACUACCACAGAGGCAAUUCAGACCAGAAGUUGUCAGGUGUCCAGCAAGAAAAACACCUCUAACCAAAGGCAGUGAGUAGUACUUGAUGUGCAGCACUGACACAGAGCCAAGAAAUAAACUCCAGGCCCACCAGGAUCCUAAAGUUCAAGUGUUCCCUCCACAACAGUCAACACUGUCAAGGGCCUGCCUUCUGCAGCUGCUGCUGAGCCUAGUAAGGUCUGUAGACACCUGCAUGUUAGAGCCUCCUGCAGUAACUUUCCACUCCCCAUCUCACUGUUUGUGGUGCUUGAAGAUACUUGGCAUCAUGGUGUGACCUUUCACUGCUCUGCAAACACCAGGAAGAACCUGCAGUGUCCAGGGGGUUUCCAUACCUGCCCAAGAGGAGUACUUGACUCUAUGCACAUGUGCUUUCCAGCCUCUUUAUGCAUGUUUCUGUGCUCAGCGUGUGGAAUCACAUCCUUUUGGAGAAGGAUGCAGUGCAGCUUCUUGAAUCACAAAGGAGCAGACUGAAACUGUCUGAACACAUCAGUGCUCCGUCCAGUUCUCCCAGUGUGUCUCUGAAGCCAUCACCACCCCCACAAAAGUCCACACAGCCACAGCCUUCCUAUCAAGAUUACACCAGGAAGAUUAGUUUGGUAAGAGGAGAAGUGAGAGGAAGGAGCAAAAGAGGCAGAUCCCUUGCUCACACACAGUACCGCACACUUUAGCUAUAAAUUCAACUUGUCAACUGAGCUGAAAGUAGCUUUGCAUGUAUACUGAAAAUUAUGAAGGGAGACCUUCCCACAGUGCAUGAAUAGUUGGCUGCACUCAAAUGACUGAAGAGAAAUGGGGCUAUAUCUUUCAUACACAGAAGGUGAGGGUAAAUAGCAUUGGAGAAAGGGAAAGAUAUAAACUCUAACAAGAAAGGCUAUAUUAAAUAUACUGUCAUAAAGACUGCAUUUUCAGUUUCUAAAAUUUGCUAACCCUGUAUUGUUUCAGAAGUGAUUAUUUGGAGUAGAUUCUUUGAAAUAAGGCAGAGAUUUAUUACGAAGAACAGCCAAACCAAACUGUUUAAUGAUAACUUAACCCAGAGGGAGUCUCUGCCUCCUGUUCUGUCCAACUCCUACCACUGGACAGACAUACUUUUUUCUGAUUUGGACAUCUGAAGCUUCUUAAAGUUUCAUUCACCUUCCAACCGUUAGCCCAAAGAGACAUCCUGUGUAGAGAAUUUAUCAGAAAGGGAUUGGAUACUUUUGAAAAUUCUAAUACUUCAAACUCUAAAAAUAUUAUUAUGAUUUGACCUCUCCUGUCAUUGUAUCUACUAUUUUUACCAUAGUUCACUAUGUUGUGAUCUUACACAGAUUUUCCUCCUAUUGUUGAUUUGGCCAUUUUCUUCACUAUGUCCUAGAAACUACAGACAGAAGCCCCUUGAAGUCUGCCACUGUCCCUGUGGUCUUUCUCUCUCAGCUAUACACUUUUAAAACUCUGGUUUUCCUAUAAAGAAAUUUUUCAUUUUGCUUUCAUUGUGGGUUCCAAGACAUAUCUUGGGAAAGCUGCUUCUGAUUUGCCAUUGCUUACAUUUCUCCAUGAGACAUCAUGUCCACCAACAGGCUUCAUGAUAAUUAAUCUGCAUGGCAAUUUCCAACCAUAGAUGUAGUGACUUGUUAGUGGCAUAGAGACCAUGAGGAGCAGUUUGUGCCCUUGCCGUUCUUCUACUUCCUUUUGUUCUGCUGGGGUUUUUUUAUGCCCGAUGAAUUUAUAUCAGUAUGUUACUGUUUUCACUCUUGCAUACAUGCCUACUAUACACUUAAUCAAAUGCUGCAUUUAUAGGCACUUCAAAAGCACAGCUCAAGGCCCUACUACACAGUUCCUGAUGCAGAGCUCAUACUACUUGCUUUCAGAAAUGUGAAAGUCAAUGUGUCGGGACUUUCAGCUCCAUUACUCCUUUCCUUGGAGUAGUCAUUGAGAAUUUAGACUUCACCUUCUUAAUCAUGGUAAUUGUGAGGUCCUAAGUCUCUUGUUUUGCAACAGCAAGAAACACUUUUCCAAAUUCUUUUUCACUAAAAAUAUUUAAUUUGGCAUCAAUACUGUUGGAUCUAUCAGCAUCAGUUUUCAAUGUUACUUUUGUCAGCGCAAGAUCAGCACAUGUCAGACAAGUGUCAAAAACGGACUAUAACUUGUGGCAGGAACAAGGGCAAGCUCUUUCUCUAAACUGAAAAAAGCAGGCACCAGUUUUUGCAUGCUUCUGGUGCUCUCUGGUAAGGUGGUAAACAGGAAGAUAGUCUGCUUUCACAGAGGUUUUAUUCUCCUCCCAGCUUUUAUGUGAGGACAGCACCUGGUUACUAAAAUCCGUGGAGAUCUUGUAGCAAACUGAAGGAUAUUUUUUAAUAUGUUCUAAUUUAGCACUUAACAAAAAUUAAUCAUUCUGUCACUGAACGCUUCCCAGUAGGGUGGUAAAUAAUAUUAUCCCCGUGCCACAUAUGAGGAAACUAAGGCAGAAAGAUUAGACUCUAAACUCCCAACAGUGGCUUCUGAGAACUGAGGUUGGAGAGCUAUCUUCAGUACUCAGGUGUUAACCCUCCAAAAUCUGGCUUCUGUUUUCCCUCCUUGCGGGAAUUUGCUUGUGAGUGUUCAGUAUUUAUUGCAAUCGGGUGGAAGAAAUACAGGAAGCAAAUCAAGGGCUGAAAAGUAAAAAUUAUAAAUGGCCCUCUUCAGGACACAGUGCAGAGAGUCAGAGUCUGACAGCAGAUCCUGACCACUGGCCUAUGCUUAUUAUUGGCCACAAGCCACCUCAGCCAGCUCAGCUGCAAAGCUCCUGCUGGGGAGUGUGUAGUGUUCACAGUGCCAUCACUGACAGUCUGAAAAGCAACAUUACCCAUGGCUAUGGACAGUUCACAGAGGACGCUGAGGAUCUUGGAAGGAACUGCCCCAGAGCAGCAGUAAAGGCAGAAAGAGCCUUUAUCUUCAGGAAAAUUGACAACCUUCUUUAUGGCGGUUACUUUGUGUGAUUACUGGCUGGGCUAGGAAAGGUGUAGAGCUGCAUUCAGAUACAUUAUCUGUCAGCCAAGAUAAGCUUUUCCUUUGUCUCCUUGAUCCUCUUUGUCCUCUUGUCUCCCCAACCUCCUUAGAGGAUGGAAGAGAACAGGCAGAGAUUUUGGAGUCAUAGUACCACUCUGCCAUCCCAAACAACAUAAAGGAGAUUAAACAAGUGAACACUUAAAGCACAUGUUCCAGCUGCUCUCCUGACAGUUUUGAUGAAUUCUAACUGAACUCAUAACACCUACAGGAAGUUUUCUGUAAUAGUUGCUGAACAAUGACUGUUACCACAAAAGAGAGCUGCAGCCAUUCUCAGAAUGGCUUUGUUUCACAUCCCCUAGCUGAUGCAAAUCAAAAUGCUUCUGCCCUCUAGUACUGCCCAUGGAGGGACACCAAAUACAGAACAGGAGGCCAGCACAACUUUUCUUCAGUAGCAUCAAUUUCCACCCAGACAAGAUGGUGGGUGAUGAGCCCUUUGGAAUGCAGAGCUGUAUUUACAGGUUAAACAUAGUAAAGUGCUGAGCAGGCAGGGGGUUGUGAUGUUCUCCAUUUGUAACAAAUGGAAAACUCUUACAGUAAAAUCCAAAUCACAAGUUUCUUUGUUCUUUUCUUUGACUUGCCUUCAAGAUUUAAAAGGCCGGUGUUAAUCAUCUUUACAACUGUCCUCUGUGAGCUGAACCAAAAUCAUCAACUCAAACCCUGGAGGCCACUGGAAAGCUAUAGGAUGGGUUUGGUUCUUACUGGGACACUGUUUCAGCCAGCAGAUUACUCUGAAAAGUUUCUUGUAUUACUGUGCCACCCAGAUACAUACAGCUGUAGAAAUAAAAUCCACAUUAGCAUAAAUCCCUUAUUUAACAUUCUAAACUCCUUAAUCUUAGUUUACUAAACCAAGUGCUGGGCUAAGUUCAACACUUGGGCCAGUUGAAACCAACAGAUACAAAUUGUUUCAAUUGAUGACUUAAAUGAUCCUAAUUUAAACACGAAUAAAGCCUAACCUUCACUUGUUUAUGGUUUUCUUUGAAUAUGCCAUUAUGUGAGUAGAAGCUUUACUUAUCUCCUGCCCAUCUUCUUAACUCUGUCAGAACAUCAAGUUAAUUCUCACAUUCAUGUGCAUUUCUGCAAGUUUGCAAUCUGCAAGAACAUGACAAAUUCUGCAUUCCACACAAGAGAGUUUUGGGGUUUUUUCUGUUGGUUGCUAUGCAUAACCACAUUGUAUUAUUUAACAAUGUAACAGUAUUACAUUGAUAAUCAAGUUGAUUUUCUAUUAUAGACAUUCUUCAAUAAAAAUUUUAAUUCCUCAGCUGCCUGGAGCUGAGAGAUGUCACAGAUCUGUGUCAAAAUGUUCUCUAAAUAAAGAGACUUUCAAAGAAAUGUCGCUGCAGGUGUGAACUACUUCCUUUCAAGCACAUCUAUCAACAAUCUAAAUCCCAGAGUUAGUCUGAGAAACUGACUCUCAAGCUAUUUUUAAAUAUAUUUUCAUAACAGGAAUCACAUCUCUGCUCAAGAGACAAUUUUUAGAGAGAAAAACAUCCUAGUGACAUUUUUGUUUGACAGACAUCUAGAUUUCUUCAAGAGUGUGAAUUCUUCUGGGGAGUAUUCCUUUCCUCUGUUUAUGUGAGAUCUCUGAGAGUAGUCAGCACUGAACCUCCAGCUGUUGAAAUGUUAUCCGUGUGGUAGGAUGAAGUGCGGUUUGGAUUAAUGGACAGUGAGAUGGAUCGAGAACUGGAUGGAUGGCAGAGCUCAGAAGGUUGUGAUCAAAGUCUGGUUGAAGGCCUGUAGUUAGUGCGGUUCUCCAGGGGUCAGUACUGUGUCCAGUCUUGUUCAACUUGUUCAUCAACUACCACGAUGAAGAGACUGAGUGCGUCCUCAGCAAGUUUGCUGCUGAUACCACACUGGGAGGAAGGGCUGACACACCAGAAGGCUGUGCUGCCAUCCAGAGACACCUGGACAGGCUGGAGAACUGGGCAGAGAAGAACCUGAUGAAUUUCAACAAAGGCAAGUGUAGGGUCCUGCACAUGAGGAGACACCAGUGCAGGUUAGGGGUUGACCUACUGGAAAGCAGCAUUGCAGGGAGUUCUAUUGGUCAACAGGUUGACCAUGAGUCAGCAAUGUGGCCUUGUGGCCAAGAAGGCCAAUGGUAUCCUGGGGUACAUUAGGUAGAGUGUGACCAGCAGGUUGAGGGAGGUGAUCCUCACCCCCUACUCUGCCCUGGUGAGGCCGCAUCUGGAGUACUGUAUCCAGUUCUGGGCUUCCCAGUUCAAGAAUAAAGAAUUACUGGAUGGACUCCAGCAAAGAGCUACAAAAAUGAUGAGGGGCCAGGAGCAUCUUUCUUAUGUGGACAGACCAAGAGAGCUGUGUCUGUUCAGCCUGGAGAAGAGAAGGCUGAGAGAUCUUCUCAAUGCUGUCUCAAGGGUGGGUGUCAAGAGGAUGGGACCAGACGCUUUUCAUUGGUGCCCAACAAUAGGAUGAAGGGCAAUGGGCACAAACUGAAACACAGGAAGUUCUAUGAGUAUGAGGAGAAACUUAUUUACUUUGAGGGUGCCAGAGCACUGGAACAGGCUGCCCAGAGAGGUUGUGUUGUCUCCUUCUCUGGAGACAUUCAAAACUCACCUGGACACAUUCCUGUGUGAUCUGCUCUGUUGAACCUCCUUCAGCAGGUGGGUUGGACUAGAUGAUCUCUGAAAGUCCCUUCCAGCCCCAAACACCCUGUGAUUCUGUGAUAUGAACUCUCAAACAGCCAUGUCACAGCAUUAAAUGGCUCUAAUUAGUCACAGUACAUCAGGGUAUAGUGCACUACCACAGUGUAAUGACAUGUAUUUGUUCAGGCAUUAUUUUUUUUUGCACUAAAAUUGUCAGUUUGUCGUUUUUAAACUGAAUACCCAACCUUCCUGGGCAGGGCUCCUGGAGCGUGUAGUCUUGUUUGUACAAUGAGUAAGAAAACAUUGAACAAGAAUACUGGUGAUGUGGGGUGGCUGGGUGGUUUUUGUUUUGUUUUUAAUGGUAAAGGAGUGUCAGCUGAAUUUGAAAUUCUUGGGAAAACAAAACAGAACAAAACAACAACACAGGUAUCUCAGAUCACCAGUUCACUUUUUUUAUUAAACAUGGUACAUUAUCUUCAGUUAUUUCAGUGGCGUUCUCAAUGGAUUAGUAAGACACAUUAUUUUUAAAUGAGAAUUUGCUUUCUGAGGCUUACAGUUGCCACCACAGCCCUCUGCAAAGAGGAAACGCUAGUGCCUAGUUUGGCACAACAGAGCAACAUAGCAACAAAAUUGAAAGGAAGAUGACAAUGUGUCGAGCUCUGAUCCUAUGUGCCCAAACAGAGGCACCCUGGAAAUCUGUUGCCAAGGGGGAAGGAAGGAACUGAGGAACAACCACAAGAUGCCACAUUCCCAAGGUGAAGCUCACAGUGUGAUCUGAGCUAUAUCAAGAGGUUCAAGGAGGUGUUCACAGUAGUUGUGAAAGCAACUACUGCCACUGGAUUCAAAGUAACUAGCAAAUAAAAUAAGAUAUUCAUAAGAGGUGGAAUAUUCAUGGUCUCUAUAGAGGUAGACUAUUCAUGGUCUCUGACUUAAUCUGAUUAUUUUUCAACCAUAAGUGCCGGGCUACACUUCCUACAUACAAAGAAACAAACACCAGAAUACAGUUCCAGCUUCUGCAUUCAAAAAUGGGAAACUGCUUUCCAGGCAGAGCAAGACGGGCUUAUUCCUUCUCUCCCCAUCGUCAAGCUAAUAGUGACUCUCCCUUUCCUUCUGGAGUCCUGGUCACUUUCUGCUGUGAACAUGCACUGACUUCCACACCACCCAUCCUUAACUGGCCAGCACCAACAUAGCUGGCUCAGGCUCUACCUCAGGAAUGUGUUCUACACACAUGUGAACUACAGCUAUGCCGUGCAGCACCGAGGCUGUGCUAACCAUUUUGACUUUCUGGGAAUACUUACCCCAUUUAAAUUAAGAUCUUACUGGCAAGCACUCUUUAUAGCCUCUAGGAAGUGUUUAUGAAAGUUACUGAUAAAUAGGUUUAUGAGAGAGUGGCAUGUCACUGAGCAGUGGGGCAUGUGAGAGUAAACUGCACUGGGAUCUACAAAAGAGAAACUAUUUAGGGUGUGAUUUUGUGUGGUUGGCUUAAACAGCAAAAAAACUGCAAAUCCAUUAUGCAAAACAGUCUUUCACUUUUCUGUCAGCAUAACUGCAAAUACAGCUGGUGGGUGAUGCCAGCAUUGCCUCAGACUGCCUCUGCCUUCUCCCAAGCUGCAGGAAAAUCUUUUGCUAUUCAUUUUUGUUCCAUUAGACUCUAAUGCAGUCCAUCUGCUAUACACAAGAUGUGACUACUUAUGUAACUGUUUUUAAUUUAUUUACUUAUAUAAAAGUAGCACCUGGAAAUUCCAGUGAAGAUUUAAAUCUCUUUGUACUUCUUACUGUGCAAAUACAUUACAAGAAAUGGACACUGUAAUCCCAAAAUUUAGAACUAAAAUAAGCAGGUCACACAUAGAGGAGCAAGAGUGACAGCAACAGUGAAAUCUAACAAUUUGGUCAAAGUGAUACAGCAAGGAAGUCUUGGUUGGUUUCUUGAUUCAGCCAUAAGUAUUGUUAGUAGCUUUCUGAAAAUGAAAAUACUAUGCCCAUUUGCAGUUAAGGACUGAAAACAGUGGUAUUCUCAUGUCAUUAUCCAUUAAUAUCAGUCACUAUUGUUAUCAAAAUGGCUCAGCAGGAAAUGAGUAGCAGGGAGUGGUUUUUCCUUUGAUUUCCUUGCUUCGGAUCCUCCGGCUGUAAAAGAAAGAUACAUUUUUUUGAAGAGAGGAAGGCUAAGCUAUGAAUUUCUGGUAUCCAUGAAUCAGAAAGAAUAUUUACUGAUAAUAUGCUGUAAAAUUUGCCAGUUUCUCCAUAGAAUUAUGGUAUGAAAAUCAUAAAAGUCAUGAACUUCAUUACCCCUUGUGUUUUUCUUUUAUGUGAGCUCUGUGAAACACCACUCAGAAAUUAAAUAAAUGCUGCUUUAAAUUACA